AUAAAGCUCAGUUGACUAAAAUGGGCGCAUCUUUCAGUCAAGCUUUCCCACCUCGGCCGGUGUUCACAGAAAAGAACCUGCCGGAUCUAACUGGCAAGGUCUACGUCAUCACGGGACCCACGUCAGGUAUUGGCCUCCAGCUUUCUGCUCUUCUUUACUCCAAGAACGCGACCGUUUUCCUCGCCGCUCGAUCUCGGCCUAAGCUCGAAACAGCCGUCGAGAAGAUCAAAUCUCUUCAUCCAUUGUCGAAGGGGUUAUUAUAUCCUCUAGAUCUGGACCUUGGUUCGUACGAUUCGAUCAAAGCCGGUGCUUCUGAGUUCCUUUCCAAGUCGCAACGACUAGAUGUCCUCUUCCACAAUGCCGGUGUCCUGGCCCCUCCUAAAGGCAGUGAGAAUAGCCAUGGUGUGGAAUUACAGAUGGGUGUCCACUGCCUUGGACCAUAUCUAUUAACAUAUCUUCUUGAAGAAACACUCAAAAAUACAGCUCGUCUGCCCGACGUGGGCAUAGGGGAGGCGAGAGUUGUAUGGGUAGGCAGCUCAGGAGCAAUGCUAACUCCGAAAGGAGGUGUAGACGUGGAAGAGCUCAGAAACGGGAAAUUUCACGAUCACCCGCCAACCACACGGUACUGCAUUAGCAAGGCGGGAGAAUAUUUUCUCAGUGGGAAAUUCAACAGAAUUCUGAGGGUUCAUGGUAUUCUCAGCGUUUACCUCGAUCCAGGCAAUAUCAAGACUGAUCUUCAGAGAACAUUUUCAACAGAGGUGUCUUGGAUUGGGUCAUUCAUCUUAAAUAUGUUCCUCCACAAGGCCAUCCAAGGCGCAUACACGGAAUUGUUCGCGGGUCUUUCUACGGACCUCAAUUUGGAGACGUUGAAGGACAUUGAUACCUGGGUCAUCCCGUUCGGUAGGCUUGGAACGGUCCGCCCAGAUUUGGUUUCUGCAUGCAGGACUGCCGUUGAUGAACAGUCGGGGAAUGUUGUUGAGUUUUUUGCCUGGUGUGAUGAGCAGUUAAAUGGCUAUCUUUGAUUUCAAUUCAAGUUCACUCAAGUUCACUCAAAGUAUCAGAACUCCGAUAUUGGCGUGUGCCGAGCUGGAACAGGUUGGAAGUCAAGAAUGAAUUAGUUGCAAGUAGCUACGGA